CAGCGCCACUCGGGGUAUUGAAAAAGCGCGCCCCCCUGAGGCGAACAGAGGCAGUGCCGCGGUGCAUGCUGGGUCUGACAUCACAUUCCUCAAAAUGUCGACGUCCCUGGGCUCCAACACCUACAACAGACAGAACUGGGAAGACGCGGAUUUCCCAAUUCUGUGUCAGACAUGUUUAGGAGAAAACCCUUACAUUCGAAUGACCAAAGAGAAGUAUGGGAAAGAAUGCAAGAUCUGCGCUCGACCCUUCACUGUGUUCCGCUGGUGUCCGGGGACGCGGAUGCGUUUCAAGAAAACCGAAGUCUGUCAGACUUGCAGUAAAAUGAAGAAUGUUUGUCAGACAUGCCUGCUGGACUUGGAGUAUGGUUUGCCCAUCCAGGUUCGAGACACCGGCCUCGCCAUUAAAGAUGACAUUCCUCGGUCAGAUGUGAAUAAGGAGUACUACACACAGAACAUGGAGAGAGAGCUAGCCAAUUCGGAGGGCACAAGGCCCGGAGGCCAGGUUGGCAAGGCGACCAGCUCUAGUGACAUGCUGCUGAAACUGGCUCGGACUACGCCGUACUACAAGAGGAACCGUCCACAUAUCUGCUCCUUUUGGGUGAAGGGAGAGUGUAGGAGAGGGGAGGAGUGUCCAUACAGGCACGAGAAGCCCACAGAUCCUGAUGACCCACUUGCAGAUCAGAACAUCAAGGACCGUUAUUAUGGUAUUAACGAUCCCGUUGCUGACAAGUUGCUGAAGCGGGCCUCUGCCAUGCCCAGGCUAGACCCGCCAGACGACAAGUCCAUCAGCACCCUUUACAUUGGGGGUUUGGGUGAAAGUGUCACAGAUGGAGAUCUUAAGGGUUUCUUCUACCAGUUUGGUGAAAUCCGCACCAUCACAAUAGUGCAAAGGCAGCAGUGUGCUUUUAUCCAGUUUGCCACACGGCAGGCUGCAGAAAUGGCUGCUGAGAAGUCAUUCAACAAGCUUAUCGUCAAUGGGCAGAGGCUCACUGUCAAGUGGGGAAGGUCUCAGGCAGCGAGAGGAAAGGAGGGUGAAGGUGUCAGCGAGAUGGGUACCAGACUAGAUCCUGUGCCGGGACUACCAGGAGCACUACCUCCACCACCUCCUCUGGAUGAAGAAGCUCCAGCAAACUAUUUCAACUUGGACCCGAGCGCACCUCCGGCUAUCAUGAACCUUACUCUGCCCCCACCGCCAGGCCUCAACCCGCCUCCUCCAGGUUUUGUUCCCCCGAUGUUUCACCCCAUGGGUCCCAUGGUUCCUCCCAUGCCUCCUCCACCCAUGAGCAUGAGACCUCCGGGUCAAAUCCACUACCCCUCCCAAGACCCUCAGCGGAUGGGUGCCCAUGCUGCACACGGUGCACGGCAAGGCGAUUAGCUGCUAGGCUCAAACUGUGGUUGGUUGUCUUUCCACUUUUUUUCCACACUUGUUGCCAUGCUGCCAAAGGGCCUCCCUCUCGAAACCUGUUGUAAAUACAACAUGCAGCAUAUUUUCAAGAUGUAUUUUGUCACCUGCGGUGCUGCACAUGGACUGAAUCAGUGCAGUCUGUCAAGGUUUUUGGUUAAACUUUUAAUAUCCAACAGCUUAAUGACAAAGUUUAUUGAGAGUUGUUUUUGUUUAAAUAUUAUUUUCUCCCAUUAAGAUGAUAGCCCCAGUGUAUAUAAAUAAACCAAACGUGACAGAAA